GGGUGGGAAGGAGGGGCUGGGCUCCGAGCGCCCGCCCCUCCAUCUAUCACAUGGCCGGAGAGCCACAAAAACAACAGCUUUGGCCAAGACCGUGACUUCAGGAAAGGGAACCCAGGGCUCUCGCAGCCAGCCCCCACCCCAUGGAGGAGAGUUUUCUUGAAUCCUUUGGGAGGCUGAGCCUCCAGCAGCAGCGGCCGCAGCAGAAACCUCGGCCGCCGGCCCCGCCGCCCCCGCGUGGGACACCUCCGCGCCGCCACAGCUUUAGGAAACACCUCUACCUCCUGCGAGGCCUCCCGGGUUCGGGGAAAACUACACUGGCCAGACAAUUGCAACACGACUUUCCCAGGGCCCUGAUUUUCAGCACGGAUGAUUUUUUCUUCAGGGAAGACGGUGCCUAUGAGUUCAAUCCUGACUUCCUGGAGGAAGCGCAUGAGUGGAACCAGAAAAGAGCCAGAAAAGCAAUGAGGAAUGGCAUAUCCCCCAUUAUUAUUGAUAAUACCAACCUCCACGCCUGGGAAAUGAAGCCCUAUGCAGUCAUGGCACUUGAAAAUAACUAUGAAGUUAUAUUCCGAGAACCUGACACUCGCUGGAAAUUCAACGUUCAAGAGUUAGCAAGAAGAAACAUUCAUGGAGUCCCAAGAGAAAAAAUACACCGAAUGAAGGAGCGGUAUGAACACGAUGUUACCUUUCACAGCGUGCUUCACGCCGAAAAGCCCAGCAGAAUGAACAGAAACCAGGACAGGAAUAACGCGUCCCCUUCCAAUGGCGCACGAUACUGGAAUCCCUAUGCAGAGUUUCCCAACCGGAGGGCUCCUGGGGGCUUCACAAACGAGGGCUCCUGUAACAGAAGAGGCGGUUGUCACCAUGGAUAUUAGAAGCCUAUCUUACAGGCAUUCGAAAUUUUCCUAAAUCAGUUUUUACUGCCAAUUUUGGUAUUUAUUCUUUGUUCGGUUUUCGUCAAAGCUCUAAUUCCAGUGUAAAUAGUUGGACCUGAAAGUUUUUGAGCAGAAGCCAUUAUACUUCAUCUUCGCCGAGCAUUUGUUAAAGUGAUCCUGUAUGCAUGGUCCGACGCUGGGAAUUCGGCCGAUUUGAUUGUAAACAGAGUCUCUUUCUCUAGGGAAGCCAGAGAUUGGAAACUGAAACCUGAGAACGUACCCAAGCAUGGAAGCAGUCACC